AACAUUAAACAUUUAACAUUCAUUUAGUAUAGUUUACAAUCAAUUGUUGUAUUAAAUCAAUUUGUAAUACAUUAGAAAUGUUUAACAUUAUAGUGAAAUUAUUUUUAGUGUUUAUCACACUAUGUCUAAGCAUACAAAUUGGUCCAUCGCUUGCAUUAAACACUAAAUCAUUGAUAUUUACAAAUUUGACUCAACUAAACAAAUUGUCUAACAAUCAACUCUAUGGCGAUUUAGAUAUCGAUUGUAAAACAGAUGAAUGUUGCUUAAAAUUAAAGACCGAUAAAGAUUUAGAAAAUUGUUUGACAGAAAUUGCUUCAAAAUAUAUGGAUGUUUUCGAUAAAUAUAAGGAUAGCGUCAAAUUUCAAUGUUGUUUUAUGGGACAGUUUGCUUCAUGUGUCAAAGCUGCUGCCACCAAGAAAUGUACUGAUCCGGCUGACUUCAAAAAAGAGAUUGAUAAAGAAAUAACUGACGCAAACAAUAAUGAUAAACAAUGUAAAGAUAAUAAAAUUGAUAUCAAUUAUGAUGGAAAAUGUUCAGCUAGUGUUACAAUUGUUGCCAGUUUUACAUUUAUUAUAAUACUAUCAUUUAUGUCAAUAUUUUCUACUAAUUAAAUUGUUGUUUAUUAUUUGAAUUUUUUUUUUGGAUAGUAUUUUGUUGUGUAUU